AUGCACAUCAAGCAGAUGCUAGUCGAUGCCGAGAAGGACGGACAACCGUCCUUCUCCUUCGAAUACUUCCCUCCCAAGACUGCUCAAGGUGUCCAGAAUCUCUACGACCGAAUCGAUCGCAUGUACAACUUUGGCCCCAAAUUUAUCGACAUUACUUGGGGUGCUGGCGGCCGCAUCGCUGAGCUCACCUGCGAGAUGGUGCUGCAGGCUCAGUCUGUUUAUGGCCUUGAGACUUGUAUGCAUUUGACUUGCACUGACAUGGGAAUGGAGAAGGUUAACGAUGCCCUCCAAAGAGCAUACAAGGCUGGCUGCACCAACAUCCUCGCCUUGCGUGGUGAUCCCCCUCGAGCCCAAGAGAAAUGGACCGCUACCGAAGGCGGCUUCCAGUACGCCCGCGAUCUCGUCAAGCACAUUCGAGCCACCUAUGGCGACCACUUCGAUAUUGGCGUUGCUGGCUACCCCGAAGGCUGCGACGACAACAAGAACGAGGACGAACUGCUCGACCAUCUCAAGGAAAAGGUCGACAUGGGUGCAUCAUUCAUUGUGACUCAGAUGUUCUACGACGCCGACAAUUUUGUCAGGUGGGUUGGCAAGGUCCGCGAGCGUGGCAUUACCAUCCCAAUUCUGCCUGGUAUUAUGCCCAUUGCUACAUAUGCUAGCUUUUUGAGGAGAGCCAAGCAUAUGCAGUGCAAGGUUCCUGAUGAGUGGAUGACUGCUCUGGAACCCGUCAAGAACGAUGAUGUUGCUGUUCGUGAGAUUGGCAAGACCCUGGUCGCUGAAAUGUGCCGCAAAUUGUUGGCAAACGGAAUUCAUCAUUUGCAUUUCUAUACCAUGAACUUGGCUCAAGCCACGCGCAUGGUCCUCGAGGAACUUACCUGGGCGCCAUGUGCCGAACGGCCCCUCCAGCAUGCCCUUCCCUGGAAACAAUCCAAGGCCCUGGGCCGCCGGGACGAAGAUGUUCGACCUAUUUUCUGGCGCAACCGCAACAAGUCUUACGUUCUCCGCACACAAGACUGGGACGAGUUCCCUAACGGUCGAUGGGGUGAUUCUCGAUCGCCUGCCUUUGGAGAACUUGACGCUUAUGGUAUUGGCUUGACCGGCACUAACGAGGCCAACCGCAAGAAGUGGGGAGAGCCACAAACGGUUCAAGAAAUCGCCCAAAUUUUCGUCAAGUACCUCAACCAAGAAAUUGAGUCACUUCCCUGGAGCGAGGCUCCUCUCACCGGUGAAGCCGAUGCCAUCAAGGACAAUCUCAUCGAGCUCAACAAGCGGGGUCUUUUGACCAUCAACUCCCAGCCUGCAGUCGACGGCGUCAAGUCAUCCCACCCUGUCCACGGCUGGGGACCUUCCAACGGUUACGUUUAUCAAAAGGCAUAUCUUGAGCUGCUUGUUCCCGCAUCCAUCUUCACGGAAAUGGUCAAGCGAAUUGAGGACAGGCCAACACUGACCUACUAUGCCGUUACCAAGGAUGGUGAGCUCAAGACCAACGCCCCAUCUGAUGGGCCCAACGCUGUAACGUGGGGUGUGUUCCCUGGCAAGGAGAUUGUUCAGCCUACGAUCGUGGAGAGUAUCAGUUUCCUCGCGUGGAGAGACGAGGCCUUUAGACUUGGUACAGACUGGGCGCACUGUUUUGAUUCUGACACGCCCAGCCGUGUCCUCCUUGACCAGAUCAUGAAUGAGUGGUACUUGGUCAAUGUCGUUAACAAUGACUUCCACGAAAACCAGGCCGUCUUUGAUCUCUUCGAGGGGCUCGAAGUCAAAGGGCUGGACACUCCUGUGAUUGUGUAG